GUUUUAAAAAAAAAUGUAUUAAAAAACACUAUUAAAAUACCAAAUUGUAUUCUUUAAAUAUAUUUUUUAUAAGAAUUGUGCCUUGGUAAAAACAAAGAAAAAAAGAUGAAUAGCAGUUCACAUAUGGAUCCAAAUUUUGUUGAUAAUAUUGUCCAGGAAGUGAAAAGCCAAGGAAUAUUUGACGAGUUCCGUAGGGAUUCUAUGGCGGAUGUUGAUACAAAGCCUGCAUAUCAAAAUUUACACCAACGUGUCGAAAAUGAAGUACAGUUAUUUCUUUCACGACAAAAGUGGAGUCCAGAUGUGAAUAGAAUACAAUUGCGAGAAAAAUUACGAAAACAUAUUACUGAGUCGGGAUUUCUAGAUAUUGGCGUGGAGCGCAUAGUAGACCAAGUUGUAAAUCCAAAAAUUUGUACAAUUUAUAAACCUAAAAUCGAAGACAUUGCAUAUAAUUUUCUUGGAAUAAAGAAACCAGAUAUAUGUGAUAUAAUCAGACCGCCGUCACCUCAAGAAGAAGCACCCUUACCACCGUUGCCACCAAUGCCGCCUAAUGGGUCUGAUUUGAAAGUAGAUGUUAGUAAUCAUUCAACUGGCUUAGAACAAGUAAGUCCUGAUUCGGAUAAGGCUACUACACAAUCAGAAAGCAAAGAUGUAGUGUCAGAAUGCGAAUCUGAAAAAGUAAUUGAUGAAGAUGAUUCACCUCCUUUUGAACCAUUGGAAAAAUGUGAUGAUACUACAAAAUUAAAUACAACGGAAGAAAAGCAAGGACCUAGUAUAAAUAAAGACUUAAUCAACUCGGCUAGUACCAGUGCCGUUAAUAAAUGCACGGAAAAAUUUGAUACUGAGGUACAAAACAUUGUGCUGUCUGCAAAUACAACAGAGUUAAACACAUACAAAGAGGUCAGUGCCUCCUUUGAUGCCUUAGCAUCACAAGACUCACAGUUAUCAAAAGUAUCAAGUGAUAGUAAUUUAUCUAAUCUAAAUGAAAAUGAUUCCCUACAAAAUGUGUCGAUUGAGAAGGAAGCGGUAAAUAUUUCAGAAGAAGCACAAAUGCCGAAAUUCAAUGAAAACUCUUGCGAUGUUAUAGGUGAUCAAGUUUCUUCUGAUUUACAUUUUGAUAUUAAUAAAGAUGAAAUUAAAUUCGAAGGAACGGAACGAAACUCAAUUAUGCUCACCGCUAUUAAAGAGAAUGCUGAAGAUCGUACUGAAUGUGUUAAUAUUACUAAUACAGCUAGCUAUUUAGAAUCAAAAAAGGAAACUAUUGGAACUGCGAACUUUCAUUUUCCAAAACUACAAAUAGAUUUGAACUUGAACAUGGUUGCGCACGAAUCUAGUUUUGGUACAUCAAUUGACUCGGAUCAAUUCAGAAAUACUAAAGGGCAGAAGACAGUGCACAAAUUAACUACAGACGACAAAAUAUUAACAGCAAUGACUAAUAGCAGCAGCGAUAUGAUCACAUAUAAUAAACGUGAGUCUUCAACACAUUCAUCUUCACGUCAUAAGAAAGAAAGAAGGAAUUAUCAUGAUAAGGAACGUCGAAAAUCUAGAUCUGGAGGUAGAAGAGAUAGAAGUAGAGACCGAGGAAGAGCGAAAAGUAGAGAUCGAAGUAGGGCAAAAAGUAGGGGGCGAAGUAGGGCGAAAAGUAGAGACAGAAGCAAAGCAAGAAGUAUAGGUAAUAGCAGAGAUAGAAGCGGAGACAAAAGUAUAGACAGAAGCAGGGAGAAAGGUAGAGGCAAUAGUAGAGAUAAAAGUAAAAGAAAAAGUAGAGAUGAAAGUAGAGACAAAAGUCGGGAUAAAAGUAGAGAUAAGAGCAGAGGCAGAAGUAGGGAUAGAUAUAGGGAGAGCAGUAAAAACAAAAAGAGGCAUAAAAGCAGAGAUAAAUACAGAGAAAGAAGUAAGGACACAAAGAGGCAUCAAAGUAGAGACAGAGAUAAACAUAGAUCUAGUAAAUACUCAUCUAGCAAUUCAAAAUAUUCAAAAAUAUCGAGUUCAUCUAGUAAGAGAAGAUCCAAAAAACGUUCAACAUCAUUUUCAUCGUCCUCGUCUGUAAAAUCUGAGUACGAUAGUAAAAAUUAUAGGCAUAAAGAGUAUAAAAAACGUCAUAAUUCAUAUAAAGAAUCCAGUAGUUCAAAAAGUAAAACAGAGUCGAAAGUGCGCGAUGAUCACAAUGAAUCGAAAGACAAAAUUCGUAGGCGGAAAUCAACAGAUUCAGAAGAUGAAAACAAAUAUCCUAAUAAUAGAUUAACACAUACAAUAAGUUCUACAUUUAAUGCUACGUCAAAUCCUGUUGCCAAUCAAAAAGGAAUUUCAGGAAAUGGAAAUACAACAAAUGCUAAAGAAUAUUCUGCAAAAACCGCAUUGGGUGAUAAUAAGCAAUAUCGUAAUGUAGUCAUUUUAAAUGAUAUAUUACAAUAUACAUCAUCGUGUAUAGAUAUAGAAUCUAAGCCACAGUUCAAAUCAAGCUUUAACGUACAAGCUACUAAAUGUGAUGAAGAUUGUUUUUAUUUCGAAAACAAAGUCGAUGACAUUGAAGAACGUAUUAGACUAAUUGAUAAUAUAGUCUUCGAUUUUUCAAAAAUAUCUAAAGAAUGUGCUAAAAUUCAAAAUAAUCGUUCAAAUGAAAAUUUAUUGAUUGAUGAGAUAAAUAAUGAGACAAAACAAAAUGAAAAUCAAUACAAGUUAAAUAGAAAAGAAGAAAUAGAACUUCUUGUUGACUGUAUCCCAAUAAAAUAUACAGCCAAAUCUAGACUACAUAUCAAAAGUGAACUGUUGUCAUCUAAGAAGCGUUUAAAAUUAAGCGAGGACAAUCUUGAAAUUUUAAAAGCUUCACCGACACCAUCUGAAACCAGUGUUAAUUCUAAGGAAAAUGAAGGUUUCGACAAAAAUAUAGAUAAUACUAAAAUAGCACAAACCAACCGACAUAAUAUUUCGCAAAACAAACUAAGUCAACAACAGCGAUACAAUAGUGAAGAUCUCUAUAAACCCCGGCCACUUAUAAGCCAAAAAUCUAGACGCAGAGGGAUCAAUUCAAUUUAAUUAAUUUUUAUGUACAUAAUUCAUUUAGCUUUUAUGUUAGAAUAAAUACAAUAAAACAAAUAUAUUUUAAUAUAAAA